AUGGACAAGUUAGAGCUAGUAUCAUGUAACAAAGUGUUCGGAGGUCUCCAGAAGGUGUACUCCCAUUCAUCCUCUGAAUUAAAAUGCAAAAUGAACUUUUCAAUAUAUCUCCCACCUCAGGCUGAAGGUGGAGAUGUAAAACUACCUCUUGUUUACUACCUCUCAGGUCUUACAUGCAACGAACAAAACUUUAUAACCAAAUCAGGCUUCCAAAGGUAUGCAGCUGAGCAAGGUGUUAUUGUUGUCGGGCCAGAUACUUCUCCAAGAGGAGUGAAGGUACCUGGGGAUGAUGAAUCUUGGGACUUCGGAGUAUCUGCUGGGUUUUACCUUGAUGCAGUUAAAGAACCUUGGGCAGAAAACUAUAGAAUGGGAAGCUAUUUAAACAAAGAGUUGUAUGAACUGAUAUUACAAGCCUUUUCCAAUGUUGUAGAUCCUGAAAGGAUUGGUAUCAUGGGUCAUAGUAUGGGAGGCCAUGGAGCACUGGUUUCUGCUCUUCGAAACCCUGGUUUAUACAAAUCAGUCAGUGCAUUUGCUCCUAUUUGUAAUCCAUCUGCUUGUCCUUGGGGUGUAAAGGCAUUCACUGGCUACUUAGGUGAGGAUAAGAGUCUAUGGGCUGAAUGGGACGCUACUGAGCUGGUGAAAAAAUAUGAUGCUCCUCCUUUGACCUUGCUGAUUGAUCAGGGUGCUAGUGACAAAUUCUACAUUGAGAAACAAUUACUGCCAGAAAAUCUAGUAGAAGCUUGUCGUUCAUCAGGUGUUCCGGUUAUUCUUAACUUACGCGAUGGUUACGAUCAUUCCUAUUAUUACAUUUCCACUUACAUUGGAGAGCAUCUGGCAUUCCACUCAAAGAUACUUAAAGCCUAA